ACUGGAGUCGUCUCGAGACAAUGCUAAAGAGUUAGCUAGCUACAGUAGCACGCUAGUUAGCUGCAGAUUAGCUUAGCAAGCCAAACUUUGAGGUUAUACUAACUAGCAAACUAUUUACCUACUGACUUGUAAAACAUUUGAUACUAAAUUAAUCUAGAAAAUAAAGACUGAUUUAGCUUAGCCUGGCCGAUUUGGAGGGAUACUGACGCGACGCAGCACAUGCCACAUUUUCAAACCAAGCCGCCGCCUCUUCCAUUCAAGCAAGUUAACUAGCCUUCUACAGUAUAGUCAGGAAGCUACGCUAGCUAGCCACACAAGGCUGAAUGAAAAGCAACGGGUGCAGCAGCAGUCGUAUUUGGCCCUGUAGAAAAUAUCUGCAUGUAUGCUAUGCUGAAUGAAGAAGGGGAAGAAGUUUUAAGAAGAAGAAGAAGAAGAUGACUUCAUUGUCUAACGUCCAUUCAUAAUGUAAAUUAGUAGCAAGGGGUUUCAGACUUCCUAGUAUCAGUCAAUGAGAGGAUAGUAAAGCUGACUAAACAACAACAGUAUAGAUCCUAAAGCCACCACACAAUGUUGGCACAUGACUCAAUAUUACCCGCCAACCACACAGAAAAGCCACAGCAGGGUUAUAUUAGAGACUAUGUGUAUGUUCACACAGAGAGAUCUGACAGAUAUUGUAUGAGAUAUUAAGCCUACUGUAAUGUGUAUAACUUUAGCCUACUGUAAUGUGUAUCACUUUAGCCUACUGUAAUGUGUAUCACUUUAGCCUACUGUAAUGUGUAUAACUUUAGCCUACUGUAAUGUGUAUAACUUUAGCCUACUCUAAUGCGUAUAACUUUAGCCUACUGUAAUGUGUAUAACUUUAGUCUACUGUAAUGUGUAUAACUUUAGCCUACUCUAAUGCGUAUAACUUUAGCCUACUGUAAUGUGUAUAACUUUAGCCUACUGUAAUGUGUAUAACUUUAACCUACUGUAAUGUGUAUAACUUUAGCCUACUGUAAUGUGUAUCACUUUAGCCUACUGUAAUGUGUAUAACUUUAGCCUACUGAAUGUGUAUCACUUUAGUGUACUGUAAUGCGUAUACCUUUAGCCUACUGUAAUGUGUAUCACUUUAGCCUAUUGUAAUGUGUAUAACUUUAGCCUACUCUAAUGCGUAUAACUUUAGCCUACUCUAAUGUGUAUAACUUAAGCCUACUCUAAUGUGUAUCACUUUAGUGUACUGUAAUGUGUAUCAUUUUAGCCUACUGUAAUGUGUAGCAUUUUAGCCUACUCUGUAAUGUGCUUAACUUUAGCCUACUCUAAUGUGUAUAAUUUUAGCCUACUAUAAUGUGUAUAACAUUAGUCUACUGUAAUGUACAUUUGUUUCAUUUAAUGUAUAACCAGUCACACAUUCUGUAUCUAUCUGUUCAUGAUCAUAGCUGAUUUAUAGUAACAGGGCCACCGUGGAGGGGGUCAAACAGAUUCAGGUUCCUCGGGUACACAUCUCAGAGGAACUGAAAUGGUCUAACCACACGGACACCCUGGGGAAAUCACGACAGAGACUCUUCAACCCACACUGACACCCUGGUGAUGAAGACACAACAGAGACUCUUCAACCCACACGGACACCUUGGUGAAGAAGGCACGACAGAGACUCUUCAACCCACACGGACACCUUGGUGAAGAAGGCACGACAGAGACUCUUCAACCCACACUGAUACCGUGGUGAAGAAGGCACGAUAGAGACUCUUCAACCCACACUGAUACCGUGGUGAAGAAGACACAACAGAGACUCUUCAACCCACACGGACACCUUGGUGAAGAAGGCACGACAGAGACUCUUCAACCCACACGGACACCUUGGUGAAGAAGGCACGACAGAGACUCUUCAACCCACACUGAUACCGUGGUGAAGGCACGACAGAGACUCUUCAACCCACACUGACACCCUGGUGAUGAAGGCACGACAAAGACUCUUCAACCCACACUGACACCCUGGUGAUGAAGGCACAACAGAGACUCUUCAACCCACACUGACACCCUGGUGAUGAAGGCACGACAGAGACUCAUCAACCCACACUGACACCCUGGUGAAGAAGGCACGACAGAGACUCAUCAACCCACACUGACACCCUGGUGAAAUCACGACAGCGACUCUUCAACCCACACUGACACCCUGGUGAUGAAGGCACAACAGAGACUCUUCAACCCACACUGACACCCUGGUGAUGAAGGCACGACAGAGACUCUUCAACCCACACUGACACCCUGGUGAUGAAGGCACAACAGAGACUCUUCAACCCACACUGACACCGUGGUGAAAUCACGACAGCGACUCUUCAAACCACACUGACAGGAGGCUGAAGAAAUCCUGCCUGUUCCCGAGGGCCCUCACAGUGUUCUACAGGAGCACCAUCGAGAGCAUACUGUCGGCUAGAUAACAGCCUGCAAGGCUCUACAGAAGGUGGUACGCUCAGCCGAACGCACCAUUGGGUGCCUGCCCUCCAGGACACCUACAACACCAGGUGUCGUAUGUGAUAAGAAGACCUCAGCCACCCGAGCCACGGCCUGCCCUCCAGGACACCUACAACACCAGGUGUCGUAUGUGAUAAGAAGACCUCAGCCACCCGAGCCACGCCUGUUCUCCCUGCUUCCAUCACUCAGACGUGGGCAGUAUAGGUACAUCAUGGCAAAAACUGUCAGACUUCUACCGCCAGACCAUCAGGCUGAUGAAUAGCCACCACUAGUCAGCUACCUGCUACCCCUGUGUGUCCCCAACUGAUGUUUAUCCUGCCCCCACCCCCCAAUGGACAUUUAUAAUUGUUACAGUUGUAAAUAUGUAUAUAUUAUUAUUAUUUGUAUUAUUGUUUCAUCCACUUCUCUUUGACCAGCACUGUUGGAGCUCAGAGCUGAAGAAUGUCACUGUACCCUGCUAUCAUAUCUGCAACCUUGUGAAUAUGACUAAUAAACCUAAUCUAAUCUAUAGUGAUCACCACAGUCAAUUUUAUGUAGAUGAGAGAGGAUAAAGCACAUGGGGGGAGAGAGAAAGAGUGAAAGAGAGAGUAGGUAAAGGAAGUAAAACGGAAGAAAUGUUACCACAAACACUUGUGCAGUGACGGAGAGACUAUGAUACUGGGGCGUGUUAAGACUGAUGUGAGAGACAUUUAAAAUUGAGGAAGCGAGAGGGAGAGAACAGACAGUGUAUUUCACUCACUCUCACACACACACACAAACACACAGAGAGAUGAUCAUCUACCAAUGCUGUGGCUGUCUUCCUAAACCACCUCUGGUGUAACCUGUUGAUUAUAGAAGGCCUGUGGGCUACAAGUCACCAUGGGGCCCCGUGACUGCUGGUCCUGGACCUGCCUACCUCUCACCAUCCUGGUUGUGCUUCUCUUCCCCCAGGAUGCCCAUGGACAAGAGAAUGCUACCUGCGCAGAGAUUAGAUUGAAACGGAACACAGUAUGGAGGGCUUCAUCUGGAGAUCACCUGAAGAUUAACUGUUCUGUUGCUUUCUGUACCAACUCACCAUCACCUGUCUCGUGGUGUAAAUUGGGCCAAUCAAAUUACGCAAAUGACUGCUUUCCUGUCAACACAACUGGCCACAUUGAAACACAGUGGAGAGAUUCGACAAACAGUAGACGUGACAAAGAGGGGACGUCUUUUCUGAUUUUCACAAGCAUAUCCGUAGAUGAUGCAGGUCUAUAUCGGUGUAAUUAUGGACCCACUGUGAGUCAUUCUAUCAAUGUAACUGUCUCAGAGAGAGUCAAAGACACCACAGAUGUGUAUCAGAAGAACGAAACAACCAACAGUACACUGAGUCAGAGGGACAGCUUCCUGGAGUGGGUGUGGCCUUAUGUUUACUCCUCGGCUGGGAUUAUGGUGUUUGUCAUCGUGGUGAUAACCAUAUCCAUGCUCUCAAUGCAUGGCUGUAAAGAUGCCUGUCCGGCCAGGAAGUCAAGGGAAGAGGACCAAACAGAGAACCAGUAUAUGGCUAUACCGAUGACCCAGCAAGCAUUCCCACGACCCAACCCCCAACCCCACCACAGACAAAGCAUCCGAUCCCACCAAGCCCAGGACCAGCCCCAAGCCCAGCCCCGGCCCCAAGCCCAGGCACAAGCCCAGCCCACCCCACCACCGGACUGUAUCUAUGACAACGCACCUACCAGGGGCCCACGUCGCACUCAUCCGGCACCUGUCCAAGCUGCAGCCAAUCAGGUAGCUGUCUCAGUGGACAGUGACGAUACCUAUAGCAGCGGGAAGGAGAAAGAGGAAGAGAGUGAUAUCAUGUACGCAGCGCUCAACCAUCAGGUAAAGCCUCGAGCCGCACCGCGCCCUGCACAGCCUCAGGAGGAGGGCUCAGAGUACGCAGCCAUACGGGUGUCCUGAGCCCUGGAACCAGGAAGUAAAACUCCUCUUCCCGGAGGGCCACAGUCCUACUGGUCUUUGUUUCUCCCUGAUUACAGGAAGGGGGUCGCUGCGUCCCAAUAUGGCGACCGGAGUAUGGGCGAGUGGGUGUGUCGAAAGGGAAGUAGUGGGCGUGUGGAAAGGAGUGGGUGUGUCAAAGCGCUCUGCUAUAGGUCAGACGGUUUUGAUUGAGCUGUAUUUUUCUCUUCCGUUUCUUGCCACUCAACCAGACUGUGACACACAACUAGGUGCUAUCUACAACCAAAAAGGGUUUAUUUGGCUGUCCUCAUAAGAGAACCCUUUGAAGAACCCCCUUUGGUUCCAGGUAGAACCCUUCUGGGUUCCAUGAAGAACCCUUUCCACAGAGGGUUCUACAUGGAAUCCAAAACAGUUCUCCUAUGGGGACAGCCGUAAAACCCUUUUGGAACCCUUUUUUCUACGAGUGUACCUCACAUUGAGCUACCAUACUGCGAGAGUUGGGACUUCUGUUUUUAAGCCAGAGGAUGAGUCUGAGUGUUAGAUUUACAUAAAUAAUUGUACAUUUUUCAGUUUCAAACUGAAGAUUGUUUAUUGGGGCGGCAGGGAGCCUUGUGGUUAGAACGUUGGGCCAGUAACCGAAAGGUUGCUAGAUCAAAUCCCUGAGCUGACAAGGUACAAGUCUGUCGUUCUGCCCCCGAACAACGCAGUUAACCCACUGUAAAAAAUGUCAGGUAUUGAUGAUGGGUGUACUGUUGCUUUAUGGGUUGUACACAUGUUCUUACUGUGACUGUCACCCUGAUAUAUUACUGUGACUGCCACUCUGAUAUGUUACUGUGACUGUCACUCUGAUAUAUUACUGUGACUGCCACUCUGAUAUAUUACUGCGACUGUCACCCUGAUAUAUUACUGUGACUGCCACUGAUAUGUUACUGUGACUGUCACUGAUAUAUUACUGUGACUGCCACUCUGAUAUUGGCUACUAGGUAGCUACUUCCCAUGCCGUUGCCAGACAGUAGUGCCUGUCAAGCGGGAGCGAAUGGUACUGUGUCCCGGUGUUGUUGUUUUUCAUGCGUGCCCUCCCCAUUGAGUAGUAGACUGUAUGUACUGUAUGUAUCAAGGUGACAUCUAGAUGGUUAUCAAUACUAGUUACUUCUUCUGUAGGCUGCUAUCCUCCUUGAAAUAAAAUAAUUUGAGAGAAAACGUUGCCACGUUAGCUGCCGCCUGCGACAUGACACCAGUGGUGCCGUUUAAGAUAAUUUUUAUUUAACGAGGCAAGUCAGUUAAGAACAAAUUCUUAUUUACAAUGACGGCCUACACCGGCCAAACCCAGACGACACUGGGCCAAUUGUGCACCGCCCUAUGGGACUUCCAAUCACCUCCGGUUGUGAUACAGCCUGGAAUUGAACCAGGAUGUCUGUAGUGAUGACUCAAGCACGGAGAUGCAGUGCCUUAGACUGCUGCGCCACUCGGGAGCCCCGAUGAGGGAUGAGAAUGGCCUUAUUUCUGUUACAGCUUAUUGGAUGACUGUCAUUCAUAUUCUAUUCACCCAGCUCAAUGUAACAUCGAUAGGUGUAGGCUACUACAUGAUACAACAUUUUUCCCUAUACCCAUCAUGAGGUUGCUACAACCUAUGAAUGAAAGCUACACCAUGGUGCUGUUUAGGCUACUGUAGACCUACAGUGUGUUUUAAUCAAUUAUUUGGUGACGUGAAUACAUUUAGUAUAGUUUUAUCUAAAAAGGCUAACUUCUUAAAAAUGUUUUACUAUAUACAUUUUUAUGAAAUUCACUGAGGAAGAUGUUCCUCCCCUUCCUCCUCUGAGGAGCCUCCACUGCAUGAUACCCAGUAGGAAGCAAGUCGGCAGGCAUGUCGAUACAACCCCGGUGCACUGGUCCAGCUUAUCGACUCGUCUUGCAGCCCAAUCAGCCACGUAAAACGGUAUUCAGUGGCAACAAAUCUGCCCAAUUAGCUGAUUCACUUUCCAUACACCCACUCUCCCAUACUUCGGUCGCCAUAUUGGGCUGCAGAUACCCAAACUUGGUAUUACAGAAAUCGAUCAGCUGACUGCAUCUGAACUUUGAACUUCCACCAAUGAUAACGUCAGUUUUAGCUAUGGCCUUUUGGGUAAAACUUUCUGACAGAGGUUGAUUCUUGAGGCCUACAUCAAAUAUUCCACUGCACUGUAAUCAAGUUUACUAUAACAACAGUUGACUGUGAAUGUAACUGUGCUUUAUAGUUUUUUUUUAUGCAUUUUUCUGUCAUUGCGUGUUACCUAUUUAAACAAAUAAUCAAAUUUGAUUUACUAUAAUAUAUAAUUAAUAUAAUAAAUAUAAUAAUAUAAUAAAUAAUAUAAUUUUCACUGCAAUAUUACUAUUCUCCAUUCCUUACUGUAAUCAACCAGUUUCAGUGAAAUCACUGUGAGUGAUGACAAUCCCCUGGCCUUGGGUUUAGUUGAGGUGUUACUGUCGUUAUGCAGGGUGUUUUGCAGUUUACCUCUUGUGCUGGGAUGUGAUUAGGAGGUUUCCUGUGCUACACAAACCAAAAACCCCACAUGCUGCAGCACACGGUUACAUAUCCUGUGAUGCAGUGAGAAGCUUUCAGUGUGUGUGUGUGUGUGUGUGUGUGUCUGUGUGUGUGUGUGUGUGUGUGUGUGUGUGUGUGUGUGUGUGUGUGUGUGUGUGUGUGUGUGUGUGUGUGUGUUCAUGCCUGAUCUACUGUUCCUGCAUGUGUGUGUGCAUGUGUUAUCCCAGCUAGCACAUAAUGUUCUGAGAACCAUAUAUUUCUUAGACCUUGGUGAGAGUAUGUUUGUCCUAUGAUUAUUUUGCACACAGCCUUCCCACAAUGUUCUGGGAAUGGUGCAGGAUACCCAGCUAGCACAUAACGUUCUAAGAACCAUACUUCAGCAUAAUGUUUUCUGCAGGUUUCCUCAUGGUUCUAUUUAAAGGAAAAAUCCACCCAAAACCACUCAUUCCUAUAAUUUACAGUGUUGCAUAACACUAGUAUGUGAGAACAAUAUAUUUUGUGAACACAUUUUUCAUUUUGUCGUUAUAAUAAAGUUGGUAGCAAUGUGAAAAUCAAUGUGGAAAUCUGUUGCAGCUCAAAAUGACAAAAAAAAACACAAUGCAAUGUAUGGGCUGGCUGGCUAGUAGCUAGCUGAGCAAACGUAGCUACACACAAUAAUUCCAAAGUCAAUAUCAGCAUGUGAAGUAGGUAGUUAGCUUUAGAAUUGCCUAAACAAACUGCAAUAUCAAUUUAGGAGUCUACAAUCUCACCAUGUUUAACCUGCAGAUUGAUGUGCCUCACAGAGUGGAGUCUGACAUUCGCAACGGCCCCAUGCAAUGCACCCUGGACUGAAGAGGCAGACAAAUAGGAGAAAUGUGUUAGACCCUCUGUUAAAUUACACAUUUCUUGAGGUAGGAAUAUCAUGAAAAUAUGGUCAAUGGCUCAUUGGAGAGAAGACAUCCUUCCACGUUAUGACAUCGGCCAGUAUUAGAAUCUGACAUGUAUGAUAGACGUUUUAAAGAUGUAAAAGCCAUAUUCCUAUUAACUUCCAGUGUAGUGAGAGACACUUUAACACAAUGCUACAUCAUACUGGCAGAAUUUCUGCCUGCUUGAACGGCAAUAACUCAGACACACAUGAAAUGACCCAGGGAAUCGAUAGAACAUCACUCAGAGAUGCACAAAAACAUUAUAACAUUUAAAAUGGGUGAAUCUUUACUUUAAAGUCAUGUUCCCAGAACAUUAAGAAAACGUUCCAUAAAAAGCACAAGCAAACAUUAGUAAAAUACUAAGAAUGUUAUUUAGAAACAUAUACAUAUACAUUCCAUUCUCAACAUCAACAAAACUCUCUCUGUCCUCUCUGUGUGUUCAGGUGUGUUGAUCUUAAUGGGUGCUUGUUUCCUUAGAAAUGGGGUCUGUUUGAAUAGACUAAAAUGAACGGCUUUGUGAACGCUAGCUCCAUCUUGGAGACGCAGUGGACUAAUUCCAAAACGUUCAGGGAACCAUAGUAAACGUUCUCAGAACCUCCCUGCAAGCUAAAUAUCAACAUUCCCAGAAAGUUUUCUGUUUCACCGGUCAGGAAACGUAUGGCUUCCUUCGCAGAAGCAAUGGGAAACCAAAAAUGUACGUUCCCCCGACUUCCAAGUAACCACAUUUAGUAGAUGGGAUGUGAGUGUUUAUGUGCUUGCAUGAGUGUGUGCUUUACUAUAUGUGAUUGUGAUCUCCUAACCAUCUCAAAGACACAGGGCCUUGAACAGGAAACACAGGGCUGACCACAGUGUUGUGAAGUACACCUGACAUGGUGGGAUUGAGACUGUGUUGUUUUACAGCACAGGUGUCAAACUCAUUCCACGGAGGGCCGAGUGUCUGCGGGUUUUUGUUCCUCCAUUCUACUUCACUGUAAAAAAAGAAAUUCUCAGAACACCAUGCAUGAUUGUGUAACGAAACCAUGGAAAAUAGUCCACCUAAACUGAGAUUUGGUGUUUGGAAGGUGUUUGAAUGUAAACCCAAUGAAAGUGUUUUAAAUACAGAGAAUGUGUUUUAAAACAGAAAUGAAGUAGUUUGAAAGACCCAAAGUGGUUCAUCAACAUGACUUGGUGUUUUUAAGAGAGUGUUGUGAAAACCCUUUCAUGUAAAAGGCAGCAUCAAAACACAAAAACUGUUCUUCUCAUGCAAUUAAUAGUUUAGAAAUGCAAAUGGUUUAUAAUCCUAAAUAUUGAUUGAUGAUAAGGACCUAUGGAUAAUAUUUUUUUUUAAUAUUGUUAAUAGUUCUACCUUUAUUUUUUUCAAUGCUUUAUUUAGACAGAUUAGAAUCAGGAGGUGCAGUCAGACGGUACAUUUUGUUGGAAUUUUACCCACUCGCCCACACAGCCACACUAUAAGAAAUUAUUCGGGAGGGAAUUGAAAUUGAACCCCCCCCCCAAAAAUACAUAUACUUAAUAAAUAUGAAUGCAAAUUGUGCAGAGCACGAAGAACGGGGUUCAAUUCUCCACUCCAACCCUUCAAUCUGUUUCUCCCACCUAUCUGUAUCCUCUCUGUCAUUUCAUAACUGUCUCAACAAAAAGUCCAAAUACCUCAAAAAUAUCUUAACAUUUUUUUAAUGCAAUCAUAUCAAUGAUUUGUUGAACACUGUGCUUGACAAUGCCUGCCCAAAACGGUUUAUAAAAGGCAAAUGAUCAAAUACAUAACAACGUUAAACAUUAAGACACUUCAGACAAAGGGAUCUAAUUCUGCACUAGCCAGGAUUCAAAGCAUCCGAAUGGAGUUUAGAAGCUUUAAAUAGAGGAAACGGCACCAAAAGAGAAGGGAUCUGAUUCUGCACUAAACAGGACUCGAAACACCAAAAUAGUGUUUACAACCUUUUCUGUGAGUGCUCUCAGUCUCUGGCAAGGUGUUGCACAACACUUGAUUAAGUGGUGUUACAACACACCGUGUCGUGUUUCAAAAUAUCUCAGGAUGAUGUGUUGCAAUACUCCAGCAAAGUUAAGGUUUCGUCUCCUUCAAUUUGGUGGCAGCUCAGUUGCCACAAGUUUUGGCAUUACAAAGUACUUCAUUUUAACAGUGUUGAUUGAUAAAUUAAGGGCACUAAUUAGUAAGGAACUCCCCUCACCUGCUUGUCUAUGGCUUAAUUGAAAGGAAAACCCAAAAACCUACAGACACUAGGCCCUCAAUGGAAUGAGUUUGACACUCCUGCAGCACAGUAUUGUAGAUGAGGUGUACCCUAGGUGCACUGGUCAUCUGACACCAUGAUUUAAAAAACAGGAACCACUUAGCUGACUGGCAUGUUUAGGCCAGUAAUGGGACUUUACCUCUCAAUACCAUCAUGCACAUUUUCGUAGACACUCUUAUCCAGAGCGACUUACAGUAAGUAGUGAGUGCAUACAUUUUAAAAACUUUUUUUGUGCCAUAUUCUACCAACUGAGCUGCAUGGAACACAUAUAUGAUAAUGUUGUGUGUGAUCUCGUGCACCAUAAAGGCUGUAUUGUGAACACAGUUAACCCCACAAGGCAUCGUACUCUGACAAGACUUGUUUUAUUUCUGUUCUUCUUUCUUUUAUCGCUAUUCUAACCUGAGAAUCUGCAUUGUCUCCAGGUCUUUCUUGAAAAAUAGAUGUGUUUCAUAUCAACGAGAGUAACCUGGUUAAAUAAAGGUGAAAUACAUUUGAAAUAAGUGUCUAUCCUUUCAUGGUGCUGCUUGUAUAAGACACUGCUUUGCUGUUCUCUCACUGAAUGUACUGGAACAGAACAGCCAUUGAAAUUGCCAUUGACUGGCUAUUUAUAAUGAGACUUUUUAUAAAAAAUCUGUUGUUGCUUUUUUAAUGUAUUAUUCAAUAAAUGUAUGAUAUUUUC